GUCUGGUGUAUAUAUACAACUAUUAUCUAAAUACAUGUGGUAACAAUGUGUUCGUAUGUACUUAUGGUAUCGGUCAGGUUCGAGCAUGGAUCAAUGAAUGUGUUUGGGCAGGUUUUAAUAAGUGGUUACAAAUGAAUAACGAGAGGGAAAGGUGUGUUCGUAGAUCCGAAAUGAAAGUGAUCGUAACAGGUGUUAGGACGAGUACUGAGAGUACUAACUUCUACCCCGGCGUGAGUCUGUCAUACUUCCUUGUUGUACACCUGGUACCGAUGCAUUUCUACCAGAACAGGAAGCACGCAUCCUAACGACUGGGGACGAGUCUCCCUAUCUAAGCGGCAAGUUCAAAAGCUUAGUACUCACGAUGUCCUACAGGAUCCAAGUCUCGUAUAAGACCAAGCAUUUAUCUACUAGUAAGCUCACGAAAACGUUAUUUUUGAUCUCAUAUACAUCCUCUCUCGUAUUCCAUAAUGUCCCAGACUGCUACAACGGAUGUAGAGGACAUAGGAACAAUAUUGCGACAGGCAAUUGUAUCCUAUCUAGAGCAGACGGGUGCUGCAGAACGCUUUCCCCCUCAUCCUCCGCCUGCUGUUGUGGACGGCAAAGUUAGGGAGGUCAUCCGCUCUUGGAACCUCGACAUCCCGGAGCACAUCUGUGAGAAGGCCAUCGUAGUUGGCGUUGACGUUGGGUUUGCGGCAUACCGGCACACACCGUACGACUUGCAAAUUGUGAUCGCAUUACUCACCUUCUGCGCGACGCUAUUCGACGAUAAAAGUCUAGAUUCCAAGGCAAUGCGAGAGUUUGUUCCUCGCUUUUGCCUUGGUCAACCACAACUGCACCCGCUCCUUGAUCGUUUCAUUGAAUGUACAAUGAACUUGCCCAAGUUCUUCCCUCUAUAUACCGCCAACCUAAUUUGUUCGGCGGUACUGUUGUAUGCCAACGAAGACGUUUACUGGAGAGAGCAUGCCGAGAAGACUACUUUACACCCUAGUGCUUGGCAAUAUGUUGAAUACUCCAGGCUCAAAAGCGGCAUGCCAGAAACCUUCGUCGUUAGUAUCUGGCCUUCUUCAAUCUGCCCCACUUUAGAUGAAUAUGUCCAGGCAAUUCCUGAUGCCUUGUUAUUUGUCGAUCAAGCUAACGACCUCUUCUCGUUCUACAAGGAAACCAUCGAAGAUCAGUCAAGUUACAUUAACCAGUAUGCUCUUGUUCACGGACGGUCCAUCUCAGAAUCCGUGGCAGACAUUGUGGAGAAGCUAGUGUCCGUAGUGGAAAGAGUUAGGGUUAUACUAGGGGAAGGCACUGCGAGAGAGGCUUGGGAAGAUUUUGUUUCUGGCUAUACUCAUUUCCAUGUCUAUUGUCCUCGUUACAGAAUGGCUGAAAUUCUCAUAGAAUACUUUUGAAUAGGACACCGUAUUUAUGAUAGCGAUGUAUUCUGUGAAUAUAGAUCCCGAACCCGUCUUCAAGUCAUCCAAAUGUUGUAAUGCUCUGCUUGAAUAGAGCAUGACUUUCUUG